ACAAACUACAAAUUUUGCUCAUACCGCAGCUUAAGACUCGAAGAGGGAAAGAAAAAUUAGGCCCUAAUAAGUUGCUAUAUAGCAAUGGCACAAGUGAUGAGCAACAAGCAGGUGCUUCUGAGGGACUUCGUUAAUGGCCGGUCUCCGACGGAAUCAGACAUGUAUGUCACAACUAAUAGCAUAAGUUUGAAGGUUCCUCCACAAGAUUCAAACACGGUUUUGGUGAAGAACCUCUACUUGUCCUGCGAUCCCAUGAUGCGAUUUCUUAUCAUGAAAUCAGAUCAGAGAAUGAGUAAAUACAUUUAUCCUUCUCCUGGCUCUCCAAUUCGUGGAUAUGGCGUGGCUAAAGUUUUGGAUUCAAGUCAUCCAGAAUUUAAAGAAGGUGACUUGGUAUGGGGGCUAACCAAAUGGGAAGAGUACAGCCUCCUCCCAAACCCUGAAAACCUCAUCAAAAUCCACCACACUGACGUACCCCUUUCCUACUAUACUGGAAUUCUCGGUAUGGCCGGUAAGACUGCGUAUGCGGGUUUCUUUGAAGUAUGUCGACCUAAGAAAGGAGAGUACGUUUUUGUGUCAGCAGCAUCUGGUGCAGUAGGUCAGCUUGUCGGACAAUUUGCAAAAUUGGCAGGUUGUUAUGUCGUUGGAAGUGCUGGGAGUAAAGAAAAGGUUGAUCUGCUGAAGAGCAAGAUAGGGUUCGAUGAGGCUUUCAAUUACAAGGAGGAGCAUGAUUUAGACGCAGCUUUGAAAAGGUACUUUCCUCAAGGAAUCGACGUCUACUUUGAGCAUGUUGGCGGGAAACUGCUCGACGCCGUGCUGCUCAACAUGAGAGAACACGGUCGCAUGGCCAUGUGCGGAAUGAUUUCGCAGUACAAUCUUCCCGAGCCUCAGGGGAUUAAAAACGUGAUGCAGAUUGUUUUGAAGCGGCUGCAUAUACACGGAUUUACUCAUCGCGAUUACGAUCACAUUGUCCCCGAAUACUAUGAAUUUGUGCUGCCAUACAUCCGACAAGGGAAAUUGGAGUAUGUGGAAGACAUAGUUGAAGGCCUCGAGAAUGGUCCGGCAGCCUUGGUUGGACUCUUCAGUGGUCGCAACGUUGGAAAACAAGUGGUUGCACUUGCUGGCCACUGAUUUACAUUCACCUCGUCCCACUCUAUCCAUAUAUUUAUGGUUACUGGUUAACUCGGUUUGUGGCCUUCAUUUUAGUUGUUCCUUGUGCAUUGUAAAAAAAUAAUAAUAAGAGCUUUCUAUCUUUUGGAAAUAAAUUUUGAGUUAUAACUUAGGAACCUCCUAAGUGAUA